AUUAAGUUUCCCAAGUGGACCAUUACAGCUUUUGCUAUACUGGUUCAAUUGAUUGUCAUAUUUUAUUUUAUCAUUAUUAUAAUUGUUUUUAUUUUUAUUUAAGUUAUUAAUCAGAAUGGACAGGACAGAGAAAGAAGAAGGAAAGAGAAGUUCGGAAGAGAGUUAACAGACUGAGAGGGAAAGAAAAAUAGAGGAGAAGAAGGAAGCAGAUUGAAAAAGAACAAGCAAAAAGAAAACAACACAGCAACAACCAAUAUGGGCAUGAGUAACAGUAAUUAAUAAAAAUUUAAUGUUAGCUGUACAAUACAUGAUAUGUUUAGAGGCAGCAGCCAAGCGAGAUAGUGUGUGUCUGUGGGUACCUGUUUGUACAUCUGUGUGAACACUUAUGUGUAAAACCUGUGUGUGUGAGCACAUUUGUAUUCAUAAGAUUUCUCCAUGUAAGUGUCUAAUACCCAAGUGGUAUCCAGAUAUGGGCCAGGCCUAGUGUAGAUGGCACUGUUUAUGUGAUGGCAUGCCAUAUCUGGCUGGAUCGUGGUUUGGUUUAUAUGGCCCAGGUUCAUAGAACACAGGUCUGGCCCGGAUCCGGCAUCAAGCUUGCACUUCUGACUGACUGGUGUCAUGGCAGGGUGUAUGUCAACCAUAUGUGGGCCAGGACUGGGAAUGAUGGCAUUAUUUAUGUUCCUAUUUUUCUAUUUUAGUUAGAAGACCCAAAUGCCAUGUUGCAAUACUAUAAGGCUAAGGUAGAUGACGUUUCAAAUGCAGGUUUGACAGGUUUGUGAUUGUACACUUUAUCCAAAACCUAGUGAGGGCUUACUGUUAUGUUACUUUUGCACUAUUAUGUUCCAGCACAUGUUGUUAUUACACAGCUUGAUUAAGGUACACAUUAGGCUGACAUCUGGGGCAAGAGCUGAAACUAUUCUGGUCCAGCACAGGGCCAGUAGUGUGUCUGCAACUGGCCCGUGGCUGCACACAACUUACACAUGGCCCACAUACUGCAAAGAAUGACGGCCCUUUGGUGGCCCAGACCAGGUUUGCCAGAGGUGCUCCACGCAUGGGCCAGCAGAGGACCACCAGUGUGCCUGCAACUGGCCUUGUCUAGCCCAUGUGUGGGCCACCUCUGACAAACCAGAACUGGGCCACCAAAGGGCUGUCAUUCUUUGCGGUAUGUGGGCCAUGUGUAAGCACAUUGUGUGGGCCAGAUCCGGGCCAUACCAAUUUUGCUAUGUGGGUAGUGGGUGCUAGGAGCCAUAGCCCUGCCCCCCAGGACAUGAAGCAGGGAUGGAGGAGAUCCGGGCCACGAGCAAGGAUUACCACCAGAGGGGCAGUCACGUCACCCACCUAGAAAAGGAGGAGUGCCCCGGAUGGGGGUCACCCAGCAGCCAUGGUGCAGAAGUCACAGGGGCUGCAGCACUGAGCCUGCAGGCUCCACUGGCAGCCAGCUGCACAAGAUCAGACCGAGCCCCGGGCCCAGAGACCCAGGAUCCGAGGGCCCUUCACACCCCAGAAGGGGCCCGACAGAGCCAGGAGGGCCAGGCCGCACCAAGCAGCCACAGGAGUGAGCCAGUAUAUACAAACAGCCUCAGUUUCCUGUUCUUGGCUGACAGUGUGACACUGUACAAUCUGGGGGGAGACCAUCUGCUUCAUUGUUCAGAAAUAGUGGCAUUUCUCAGCACUGAAGAACUGAAUAUGGCUGUGCUCAAAGUCCUCAUACUUAUUUUGAUUUUUAACCAACAUGUUGCUGGUUUGACAUGCAACAGAGGUGAAAAAGUAUCCCGUAAUGGAAAUACCUGCGACGAGUGCCCAGCAGACUAUUACCAGGAUCAAGAAAAUACAAAAAAACAUUGUAAACCAUGUACAAGGUGUGAGUCUAAUCAUGGUAGUGUCAUUAAACAGGAUUGUACCAAAUUCACAAACAGAAAAUGUGAGUGCCGUAAAGACUUUGUUCCACGGGACAGUGAUUAUUCCAUCUGCCAAUGUGCCGAGGGAUUUAAACAAACAGGAGGAGAAUGUCAAAAAUGUGAAGAAGGAUUUUUCAUUACAUCUGAAAACUCAGACUGUAAAAAAUGGAAAGAAUGUACGUCAGGAGUGAAAAUCAAUGGAACUGCAACGUCAGAUGCCAUCUGUAAUGAGCCAAACAGUAAUACUCGUAUCACUACACUUCCCACAUCAAAAACAAUUACUACUCUUCAAAGUUUAACUCAACGUCCACAUGAGGGGGCCACAACUCAGGAAACGGAUACUACUACUACUCCACGAGUGGCCACUUUCACAAAGAAAGUGCUUCCAAUUCCUCCUGUAUAUGCAGGCAACCACAUUGGUAUGGCCCUCCUUAUUUUCGGAAUUGUCGGACUAGUUGUACUAACUGUUGUGACCUGCAAGCUGCACAUCACUGACUGCUGGCACAAGCAAAAAACAGUACAACGUAUGUGCAAUGGACUCCUUGUGUCGCACGCCAGUUGAGGAAAGCUGUAAUGAAAGCCAGACCCCGCUCAAGUCAGACUACAUGGAACCUUGAAGUUAACUUGUUUUUUUUUUUCAUUUAGGCAUGAAAUACACAGCUGAACUUUUGACUCAGGUAAUCGUUAUAUCAGUAUUUUUCCUUACGGUGUUGCUUUUAUAUUAGAAAUACAUCAUCAAACUAUUUACUAUAUCUGUAUUGUUACAGGUGUAUUUUCAAGUCAAUAUUUGACUUUUGUUUGUUCUGUUUUAGUAGAAUCGUGAAUUAUCACAAACAUAUUGCAAGCCUCUUACCUCACUUUUUAAACUGUGAAACAGUUUAAGUAGUAAACAAUAGUUUUCACUACUUGAACUGUUGUAAUUUGACCAUAAUAUUAUUUUUAUUAAUACUAUUAUGUUGGUCAAAGAAAUCUGUGUAAUGUUAGUAUUGAUCAACAUUUUCUAUAUGCAGAUUUUUGCACAGUGACCUGAGCAAUCAUGCCACCAAAUGCCUCUGUGAAAUGUUUUUUUUUUUCAAGAUAUAUAUGACAUCACAUAAGUUAAUGCGACUAACUGGGGCUUGUGACAAGCCUGAGAAAUACCCAGUAAGACCAUUACAAUCAAUACCGCUGAUCCAGAAUAUUAUAAACUACUUUAAUUUUUGCAUGAAGUUUUUCUGCCCAUUGUUUCUCAGUUUUUGAUUACUCAGCUCUGUUCAAAUUAGCAGGUCUGUGAAAACAAACAUGCUUUCAGUGAUGUGUGGGUUUGGCGGAGUUCCCCGGGCACCUAAAUGUGGCUCUUUUUCCCCACUGAGACAUACAUCCUCUCAUGUUUUCAUUUGGCCUUUGGAAAGACUGAUGUUGUAAAUGUGAGGACUUUCAUGUUGUUUAUACCUCAUUGGAGAUGUUUCUCGGAUCACAUAGUCAGAGGAGUUAUGAAAGCGUCCUCAUACUUGUCCUCACUUAUGUUUUGCACCAGAAACCAGACACACACAUUCAUAAAUUUCAGUUAAUGCUUUGUCUGCCUGGUUGACUCUUUGUGAAGAACCGAAUAUGGAAAAAGCUACCGUACCGUAAAUCUUCCCAAGGAAAGUGAUUUAAAUAAAGACAGAAGUAUAUCAA